UUGCUGGUAAUGCUGGGGUCUUUUCAGCAUGGCUUACCUGAAUCAUAUUCUUGCUCGGCCUCUGAGUUUAAACUAGAUGGAGAAUACAUACUGGGAGGCCUUUUCGACAUUCAUCAUCGCAACAGCUCAGUUGUUUACAACCGACCGGUGAUUGUGGAUUGCUCUCGACAGUCGUUUACCUUGUCAAGUUAUCGGAUGUUUCAGGUGAUGAGGUUCGCUGUACAAGAGAUCAAUAACUCCAGCCUCAUCCUGCCCAAUGUAUCGCUCGGCUAUGAGAUAUUCGACCACUGCUCAGACAAAUUCAACUUUCAGGCCAUCUUAAAUAUGAUCUCCAGAAAUGGAUCAAUUCAAGUUCUGAGGUGCGUCAACGAGUAUCUGUCCAAAGUCAUAGCUGUGGCCGGUCCAUUUAGAAGCAUGGAGUCUAUGACUGUUGCUCCCAUGUUUGCGAUGAAUCUAAUUCCCAUGGUAAAUUAUGGGUCCUCCAGUUCUGUUUUAAGCGACAAGUGGAAAUAUCCCUCAUUCCUGCGAACCACAGCUAGUAACAAAGACUUAAUACAUCUGAUCAUUCUGAUUAUACAGCACUUUAAUUGGAACUGGGUUGCAUUUGUCAGCAGCGGCGAUGAGAACAGCCAAAAUGGCCUCCAGCUGUUCAAAAGCAAGCUGAAAGACACAAAGAUCUGCUUGGCUUAUGCAAAAGAGCUCAACGAAAUGUCUGAUCACUAUGAAAUACUUCAACAGUUAGAGGGUCUUAGCAUAGAGGUCAUUAUAGUUUUUGCCGGGCAGAGCAGCGCUGUUGCGUUAAUUAAAUCAGCAAUCAAGCACAACAUACACAACAAAGUGUGGAUUGCAGGCGACAGUUGGUCCUUGAACAAGAACCUCCCCAGAUUGAGUGGAAUCAAGGCGAUUGGCACCAUCAUUGGAAUAACAGAGACAGUGAUGCCAUUACCUGGGUUUAAGGAUUUUGUCUAUUUGUCCCAAACACAAAGGAAUAAUAGGCCUUCAACCUGUGAACAAACACCAUCCAGACAAACAUGCAAUCAAGCUUGUGACCUCUGUAGUGAUGUGAGCCCAGAAGAGAUCAUCGGUGAAAACCCAUCAUAUUCUUUCGCAACUUACUCUGCCAUUUAUGCUAUGGCCCACGCGUUACAUAAUUUGUUACUAUGUGACAUUAAGGGAUGCAGUGACAAUGUAACUGUGUAUCCAUUUAUGCUUCUCCGAGAAUUAAAGAGGUCAAAUUUCACAAUAUUGAACCGGCAUAUUGAGUUUGACAGCAAUGGAGACCCGACAUCUACUUCUUAUGCUAUUGUUUUCUGGAACCAGAGUGGCCAGGCCGAGAAAGUUGGCUCUUAUGAAACUGAUCCAACACUUGACGUUCCCUUCUCUAUCAACAACACUCAAAUUCACUGGUAUGCUGACCAAGUGCCCGUCGCACGCUGUUCCCCUGAAUGUUCAGAAGGAUUUGCAAAGAAGAUAGAUGGACUCCAUCAAUGUUGUUUCCAGUGUAACGUCUGCCCUGGUAUGACUUAUGUCAACUACACAGACGACCCAUACAGCUGCAUCGACUGUAGGAAGACAGAGUGGUCCAAACCAGGAAGCACCUUUUGCACACAGCGUUCAGUGGAGUAUAUACUUUUCACAGACCCUAUUGCCAUCACACUCAUGUUUUCCACAGGCGUCCUGUUAGCGCUAACACUAGCCAUUGUCAUUCUUUUUGCACUGAACUAUGACAAGCCGGUUGUUAAGUCUGCCGGUGGGCCAAUGUGUUUCCUUCUUCUGGGCUGCUUGAGUGUAAGCAGUAUCAGUGUGUUCUUUUUCUUUGGGAAACCAACAGUGACCAAUUGUGCGUUGAGGUAUUUUCUAUUUUUGUUGUUCUAUACUGUCUGUUUAGGCUGUUUCGCUGUGCGCUCCUUUCAAAUAGUGUGCAUUUUCAAAAUGGCCACCAAGUUCCCUAAGAUUCACAGCUGGUGGGUGAAGCACAAUGGACAGUGGUGGCUCAUAGCCAUAGUCUUUGUUCUUCAGCUGUUGUUGCUUACAACAGUGUUCACUGCCAGCCCUCCCACACCAGUCAGUGACAUGACAUCAUACAGAGAUCAAAUAAUACUAAAGUGUGCCAUGACAAGAACAGUGAUCAUGUUCUUGUUAUUGACUAUAGUCUUGGCAAGUCUUUGCUUUAUUUUCUCAUACAUGGGGAAAGACCUGCCCAAAAACUACAAUGAGUCCAAAGCAAUCACCUUGUACCUGCUUUUCCUUAUACUUACAUGGAUCACUUUCUGUACAGCAAGCAUAUUAUACCAUGGUAAAUAUUUACAGUUAUUCAAUGCAAUGUCAGUGCUUUCCAGUUCAUACAGCAUCCUCUUCUGCUACUUUCUCCCGAAGUGCUACAUCAUUAUCUUUCAGCCGCAGAAAAAUACACAACAGCAUUUCCAAGGGAUCAUCCAACGUUAUACUCAAAACAUCAGUAGUAAGUAGUUGAAAAUAGUUCAUUUCAACUGUUUUACUGAAUCAAGGAAAUUAUUUUCUUGAUAGAAUUGUUUACCAGUAUUGAUUCAUCUUACCCCUUGACUUUUUCAACAUUUUGUUGUCUUACAGACUGAAUCUAUAAUGGAUUAAAUUGAGAUUUUGGGUCGCUGGCCUACACACAA